AUGGCAAAUGGAGAUCAAAACCAUGAGGAGGUACUAGAGAAGAUGAGAAAACAGCUUUCUGUUGUUGUAAGGAGUAUCCAUUGGAGCUAUGCAAUUUUCUGGUCAUUAUCAACCACAGAUGAAGGGGUUUUGGAAUGGAGAGAGGGAUACUACAAUGGAGACAUCAAAACUAGAAAGGCAGUCCAAGCUAUGGAGCUUACAACAGACAAAAUAGGCUUAAAAAGAAGUGAGCAAUUAAGAGAGCUUUACAAGUGUCUCUUAGAAGGUGAAACUCAUCAACAAGCUAAAAGGACAUCAUCACCAUCAUCUUCUGUAUUAUCUCCAGAGGAUCUCACUGAUGCAGAGUGGUAUUACUUAGUGUGCAUGUCAUUUGUGUUCAGUCUUGGCCAAAGUCUUCCAGGCCAAGCAUUGGCAAAUGGGAAAACUAUUUGGUUAUGCAAUGCUCAACAUGCAGAUAGCAAAGUCUUUAAUCGCUCUUUGCUAGCUAAGAGUGCCUCUAUUCAGACAGUGGUUUGCUUUCCUCAUCUGGAUGGUGUAAUUGAGAUAGGUGUAACAGACUUGGUAUUAAAGGAUCAUAAUCUCCUUCAGCACAUCAAGGCUGCCUUAUUAGAUUUCUCAAAGCCUUUUUGCACCACAAAAUCAUGUUACCGAACCGAUAAUGAUGAUGACGACAACGACGAUGAUGAUAAAGACCAAAUGAGUACUAAGGUUGACCAUGAGAAAGAUGAUCCAUUGAAUUUUGAGAACCUGUCCUCUCCUGCAGAAGAUAUCAGGUGUGACCAGAGAGGCACUGAUGAACUGAAUGGAAACCAUGAAGAUUUCAACAUGGAUUCUCCUGAUGAAUGUUCUAAUGGCUGUGACCAUAACCACCAGACAGAAGACUCCUUUAUGCUAGAAGGUACAAAUGGUGGGGCUUCUCAGGUUCAAAGUUGGCAUUUCAUGGAUGAUGAUAUCGGCAAUGGUGUUCAACACUCCAUGAAUUCGAGUGACUGUAAAUCCGAGGCCUUUGCUAAUCAUGAAAAGGUUGUUACUUGUCCCGGGCAUGAAGAUCUAAACCGAAACUGCUUGAGAGAACUUCAGAACUUCAAUCACACAAAACUACGCUCCUUGGAUCUUGGGGCUGAUGAUGACUUGCACUACAAGAAAACUGUUACUGCCAUUCUAGGAGGUCCUACUCAAUUGAUUGAACUCUAUUGUUCUCAGAAUUGUGACCGUGCGUCCAGUUUUGCAGCGUGGAAGAAAGGACUGGUCGACAGUUAUAGGCCGCGGAUACAGCAGAAAAUGUUGAAGAAGAUUUUGUUUUCAGUUCCAUUCAUGUAUCAAAGUUCAUCUCUUAAGUCCCACAAGAAAGUCUUGGGAAAAGAUUGGCUUGAGAACUUGCACAAUGAUUGCAUGGGACGGCAUGUUAAGUACAAAAAGUCAAGAGAGAGUGAGAAUCUUUUUGCCCUCAGUUCAACUAUUCCUUCUAUCAGUAAGAAUGAUAAAGCAGUAAUCCUCAAGGACACAAACAAGUAUUUAAAAGAGCUCGAGGAAAGAGUAGAAGAGUUGGAAUCCUGCAAACACUCGGUAAAUAAUGAAACAAAAGCAAGAAAGGAAUACUUGGAAGUGGUAGAACAAACAUCAGAUAACUAUGACAACAAGAUGAAUGAUAAUGGAAGAAAUUCAUGGAUGCACAAGAGGAAGGCCCGUGACAUCGAUGAAACCGACGCAGACCUUAACAGGGUUGUUCACAACGAUGGUCAUCCAUUGGACUUGAAAGUCAGCAUCAAAGAUCAGGAGGUUCAGAUAGAUAUUAGAUGCCCUUAUAAGGAAUACAUACUGCUUGAUAUCAUGGAUGCCAUCAAUGAUCUUCAUUUGAAUUCUUACUCGGUUCAAUCAUCUAAUCUUGAUGGCGUUUUCACUUUGACCCUUAAAUCCAAGUUCCGAGGCACGGCGAUUGCUUCGGUUGGGAUGAUCAAACAAGCACUUUGGAAGGUUGCUGGGAAGUGUUGAGAAGCCAGAUAAAGCUAGUCAACUUUCAUCUGUAUGAUCAUCCCUCUGUUAUCAGUGAAGUUCAACCACUUGAUCCUCAUCAAACGGUGUAGAAGAAGAGAACAAUGAUCUGCUUUAUGACAUGAGAUUUGUUGAAUUUCUUUUUCCACUUCUUAACCUUGUUACCCCUAGUGAAUAAGGUUAUAAAACAAACUUGUCAACGUAAUGA